AUGGGGAAGCAAAUUCGCGAGAAAGAAUGUGCAUUGCCAAAUCGAAAUAGUCAUCAUACUCAUCCAGGACGAGUAUGGGGAAUUCUUCACGUUAUAAAGUACCAUCAUUGGCGUCAGGUCAAGAGAAGGCUUACACGCAGGAGGCAUGGUGGCGAAAGACCCGAUGCUAGAGCUAAAAUUCCAGGAACUUCUGAUGAUUCAGGGGUUCACUCUAUUCCAGAACAUUAUAAGCCACAUACAGAACUAUCUAAUGUUGAAGAAAAGCCAGUAUACUCCUCUCCACCAGCCAAAAUUACUAUCAAAUCCCGAUUAAGAUCACUUCUUAAUGAAGAUAUAUACAGAAGGAAGGGUCGACACAAGAGAAGCUCAACCUGCCCUGCAAAGUCGCAACUAACUCAUGCCAAUUCUGUUCACAACUUAGAGGUUGAUCUACUUGGUGAAUUGUUACUAACUGUUCAGAGCCCUGACCCAGUCCUAGAAACCUUUCAAAACCAUCUUGCUGCUGGUACAUUGGAUGAGUUGACACCAGUUUUAUAUGAGAAACCAAUUGCCAACAAUGACAAAUGUGUAGAUUGUGGAACAAUGUUUUCUAAAGACAUUUUGGAACAUAGCAAGAUUCAUAAGCACUUGUGCUCUCCUAGUCAAGGUGGUCCUGAAGAGAAGUUGAUGAAUGCACAGAUACUUACAACUGAUGCUUCACCCCAUCUUGUCAAGGACUUUCUUGAUGCAUUGGAUGUGAUCAACACAAACAAGGACUUCCUAUUAGAAUAUAUACAGGAUCUAGGCUCUCCUUUGCCAUUCCACACUCAUGAUCAACAAUCUUUCAACGGUAAACAGAGACGAGCCAAAUCUCUCUCAUUUCCUGUAUCUGCCUCAUCAUCAGGAAGCCAAGAUUCUGUUUCAGGCCAACUCAUAAAUCAAAUGGUAGAUUAUUGGUUGGAUUCAGAAGAAGAGAAGUUGCAAAAUCAAAGUAACAUGCAAAAUACGAGCAUGGAUGAGUCCUCAGAAGAUUCUCACCAACAGUCCUUACCAUCAAGUUUUUCAAAUAAUUAUGAUCAAUGGGGUGAAAGAGGUACUAAUUCUCCAUCAGUUUCAUCCCAUGUUCCCAACAAUGUGAAAACUAGGCAUUUCAGGGAUCUUAGAAAGAAGAUGAAGCACAUAAUUGAAGAUGGAAGAAAUGAAAAGCAUCGCAUUACCAUGGAUGCUAUACUUGACAAAAUUCCUUGUGGAAAGAGGCUCACAAAAAAAGUAAAGAAGUUUAUCCACGUCAAAUCCAAAGACCCCACAAUUAAAUGGGAAGAUGAAGACCGUGCAACCAGCGGUUUUGGUAGCCAUCUCUCUUCUAAUUCCUUCAACAAGCAUCAACCAUCACCCAUGAGGACUUCAUUUCUAAAAGAUUCAGCUGGUAGAUAUUCUCAGUUGUAUCAUCAGACUUGUUUUAACAGUGAUGCCAAGUAUCCUAAGGCUGAGAACUUAAGAUUGAGAACAGAAGAGAGAAAUUCAAUAUUAAAGACCCCAAAAUCCUUUAAAAGGUUUCUUUCAAUGCCUAAUUUAAAAUCUUACUUUCACCAGAAUGAGGAGCUGCCUUUACCUUUAUCCCCCCAAAAUUCAAUCAAGAAUUUUGGAGAUAGAACAACAAGCACAAAUGUCACUGAUCAGCAACAAAGAAGUUUUGACAAUAAUGAUGAUUCAAUGAGUCAAAUUUUACCACCUACAUUUGCUGAUAAUAUAAAUCAAGACAGCAAUUUGAAUGCUGACCAAAAGCAACUUCUUGCCAGGAGUGCUUCAAAAUCAAGAUUAGAUUUUAGUACUGAGGCAGAGGCAGAUAAGAGCAUAGGAAUUGAAGGUUUAGGUGACUUGAGAGACAGUGAACAAGACAUUGGAGCUGAAACAGAAUCUAUUGUGCCAGUGGAAGCAAACUCAGUCUUCUCUUCUGACACUAGCUUCCUAGAUUUUACAUUUGAUCUCGAGAACUUAAACAUACAGGAAGAAGAAUCAGACACAGAAAUAAACCCAGGGCAAGGUGAUGAUGGAUUGGAUGAUAUGGCUGAGCACCAAGAGGCUAAAGAGGAUCACCCUGAGAAGGUUGAGAAUUUUCAAAACCUUGGAACUCUAAGCAAGCGUUUCAACUAUGAAAUUCCAAGUAUUGAAGUGGAUCCAAGUAAUGAAGCUACAUUUAAUUAUGUGAGAAAGGUUUUAGAGCUUUCUGGGUUCACUGGCCAUGAUUCCCUUGGGAUAUGGUAUUCUGAUAACCAACCACUUGAUCCUUCAAUGUAUGAAGAAUUGGAGGGGUGCUUGCUUCUUGAUCCUGAUUGUUCUCGUAAUAGUGAAGGUGGAGAAUGUAAUCAUCAUCUGCUUCUGUUUGAUAUAAUCAAUGAAGGGUUGCUGGAGAUUUUUGGCAGAUCUUACAACUAUUAUCCAAGACCAUUGUCUUAUCUCUCCCAUGUUCACCCACUACCAUCAGCAGAAAAUGUUCUCUGUAAAGUGUGGACACUCAUUAGCUGGUAUCUGAUGAACUCAACAACAUCUGAGCUUUACCUAUCAUUGGAUUAUUAUGUGAGCAAAGAUCUUGCAAAAUAUGAUGGGUGGAUGAAUCUCCAAUUUGAUUCUGAAUGUGUGGGGCUUGAGCUAGAUGACUUGAUUUUUGAAGAUCUAUUGGAGGAAAUAAUCUCCACCUAACCUAAGUUUUGCUAGCUUGGUAUUUUCUCCUUACCAUGGUUAAAU